UCUUCCAAAAUAAACAUUUUUUGCAGAAACAAACUGAACACAGAAAAAUGAGUCUUGUUUAUAAUUUUUUUUUCAGUCAUUUUAUUCCAAUUAAUUGUGGCAGCCCUAGAACACACACUGUAACAGUACAAAAAUAAUACAUAUUCAGUCUAUUUCAUGUUAAUGCUGCAUAUAGUAUUACCAGGUCUAUACAGUUUUUUUUUUCUUUUUUAAUAGAGUCUUAUUUACUUACUUAUCUGUAAUAGGAUGUCCAAAAACUACGGCCAAUGGCUCAGCCAACCAGUAAUAUUAGGAACGUCUUCAAGCGACCAAUAAUUCAACAACCUGGCAACAUCUAACAAUAAAAUCACUGACAGUGUGAAUGGAGCGUUAUUCUCUUCUCAAUAGUUUCUCACUGGCAAUUCUCUCUUUAGACGAAUCUACAUUACUUUUUUCAUUUCUCAUCACUCUUGUCCUUCCCUGAAUUCUGCAUGUAUGAAUGUACCAUCAUUCUCAGACAGUAAAGUUAAUGCAGGGUGCAGUCAGAGCCUUUAAAACACACAGGCAGAUGUCCCUGCAAGGACAGAGAGACACCAACCGAAACCAGAGCUCAGAGGAUAUUGACCCGAAAGUUGCCUUUCCGCGACGAGCCCAGCCUAAGUUGGUGACUCGGACAAAGAAAAUCUUUGUUGGAGGUCUGUCAGUGAACACUACUAUUGAAGAUGUAAAGCAGUACUUUGACCAGUUCGGAAAGGUGGAUGACGCCAUGCUUAUGUUUGACAAAACCACCAACAGACACAGAGGGUUUGGAUUUGUGACCUUUGAGAAUGAAGAUGUGGUGGAGAAAGUCUGUGAGAUCCACUUCCACGAAAUCAACAACAAGAUGGUGGAGUGUAAGAAGGCCCAGCCCAAGGAAGUGAUGUCACCCACAGGCUCUUCAAGAGGUCGUGCUCGUGUCAUGCCCUAUGGGAUGGAUGCCUUCAUGCUCGGCAUAGGAAUGCUGGGUUAUCCAGGGUUCCAGGCAGCAACAUAUGCAGGUCGCAGCUAUACUAGUCUCACACCAGGAUACACAUAUCAGUUCCCUGAAUUCCACUUAGAGAGGACCCCCCUUCUGACAUCACCCCACCCCCCUGAGCUCACAGCCAUUCCUCUAACGGCGUACAACCCCAUGGCGGCAGCCGCAGCAGCAGCAGCUGUGGUCAGAGGCUCAACUCCUUCUCGCUCAGCUGGGUUUUUAGGUACCAGCAGCCCUGGGCCGAUGGCAGACCUGUAUGGAACAGCCAAUCAGGACUCAACCAUCAGUAGCUACAUCAGCGCUGCAAGCCCCGCCCCCAGCACUGGAUUCAGCCACAGUCUCGGGGGCCCUCUGAUUGCCACAGCAUUUACUAACGGCUAUCACUGAAAUGAGUGACAGGUACAAUAGUAUUCAUGGUUCUGACGUCUUCCACACAUCUUAAGGAAGGAUUUUUGAAGUAUGUGGUGAUUUCAAUCGAAUAUAACGGAUGCACUCUACGUGCCCGCAGCAUUUUGUUAUUUUCUCAAGCUCUCUGUUUUUGAAUGGUUUUGGAUGACAUGAAUCAACUCUGAUGGAAUGUCGGCUGCAACACUAUUAAUGUGAUUUGACAUAUUUCCUGUUUUAUGAAUUACUGUCAUAUCAGUCUCUAAACUAACCUCCUGCUCGUCUUAUAUAGAGCUAAACCUGUAAAUAACUAGUUCAUUUCUCAGUUUUAAACGCUAUCAACUUAAGUCUAUUUUUUGUCUUAGUUUUAUUUUUUCUCUCACAGUUCUUGUUCAAAGUUUUGUCUUUUUUGUGAUGACAUUAUGUACAUGUAGGUUUGUAACUGUAGAAAAGCAUUUUCAUUUAACAGCAUAAGAGCAAUAAUCUGUGUCAAAACUAUUUGGAUCUUUGUAGCGUAUUUAAAAGACUAAAUCGCUUUCAGACACAUUUGGUAAAUUUUCUACUGAAGAAUAUAGUGUGAUGGGAUGUCAAAAUGUAUAUUUUGUUAGUUUUGCAACUGGAUUUAUUACAUUGAUCAUGAAAAUAGCAGUAAUUAUAAGGAGAACAUAUUUCUCAGACUUAGAUUCGACCUUGUUUGUGUAAAAUAUUGUACAUACUAUCUUUUUGAUCUGGUGAGAUCUGUCGGCGUGAUUAAGGGAGUUUUUUACACUCAAGAACGCAAACACAUGAUAUCCUGUGUCCAAAUUUUUUUUUUUUUUCAUGAUUUGAUGAACUUGAACUUUUUGUUUUAUUUUGUUCAGUGUUUUUUUGUGACAGAACAGAAGGCAAUGUGAAUGAUGCUACUGCUGAGUGAGUGUGUGUCUGUGUGUGUUUGAGAGUGAAAGCAUGUCUGGUGCUGUCAUGAUCUAAUGUAUUAUCUUCAGUAAGAUGUUUUAAAAUGUGAAGUGUAACCCCUAUUUCCAUGCUGUUUUGUUGCUUUUACCAAGUUUAUAUCCAUAACACAAUUCCUUUAAUCUCUUUUAGAGGUUUAAAGUGUUGCAAUAAUUAGAAUAUAAAUAUGCUUCAAUUAACUGAAGAUUCUGGUACUGGUGAAAAAAAAAAAGUAGCAACACUAAUAUAACACUUUUUAUGAAGUAAACAGGAUGGCUGUUAUUAAUUGAAAGUUUUAAUGUUUCUUGUUUGAAGCUU